AUGGCGUCAUUAAGACAGACUUCCCCAAGCAGUGAUCAGAACCGUAACUUAGCAACCGGAAGUCAGAGCAUCGGAAAUUAUGACGUCAUCAAUGAUCGUGAUGAUAAUGAAAAUCGCCAGCAGCAGCAGCAGCAUCCAAUACAACAUCCGUUGAUCAGCCAGACACCGUCUAGACAGACGUCUGCUUCUGGAACAUCCGUAGCCAUCAUUGAUCCCAUAAACCGGAAGAACAGUCUGCAGUCCUGCAACGUUCUGAAUGAUUUGAGGAAAAAUGGAUUACUCUGCGAUGUUCUUUUAGUUGUGGCCGAUGGGAGUUUUCCUGUCCAUAGGGCAAUCAUGUCAUCCUGUAGUCCAUACUUCCGAGCUCUUUUUACAAACGGCAUGCAAGAAACAAACCGGAAGGAGAUAUUUAUUCCGGAUGUAAAAGCGGAAAUGCUUCGAUACAUAAUCGACUACGCCUACACCAGAGAUGUUAAGGUGGGCAGGAAUAAGAAAUUUCGCCCAUACGUACAACUGUACCGCUCUGGAAUCUACAGCCAACAGAUUUAUAUUGGAAAGAUUCAAAGAGGUAGCGAAAAAAGGUAACGAAAUUUUGAAGCUGACGGACGUUGAGCUAGAGGAGCUGCUGUCCUCAGAUCACCUAAAUGUGAAGAGUGAGGAGGUCGUAUUCGAAUGCAUAGUCAGAUGGAUACAGCAUGAUGUUAAAAAUCGUAAACAAUACAUCGCCAAGUUACUCAAAUGCAUAAGGUUGGGCCUCUUGAGUACGACGUACUUUAUCGAAACGGUCAAAAAACACCGCCUCGUCCAAGACAACGAGCAGUGCAAGCCAAUAGUAAUCGAGGCCCUCAAGUUCCUCUACGACCUUGACAUUGUGGGGCAAGAAAUUGACUUCAACAACCCCAUGGCACGCCCCAGGAUACCCCACGAGGUCAUGUUUGCCGUAGGGGGGUGGAGCGGUGGCAGUCCCACUAAUGUUAUCGAGGCCUAUGAUACUAAAGCGGAUAGAUGGAUCACCGUUGACCAUCAAGACAGGGGGCCCAGAGCCUACCACGGGUGUGCCACGGUGAAUGGCUGCAUAUACUUGAUGGGAGGGUUUGACGGGAUGGAUUACUUCAACAGUGUUCGUUGCUUCAACCCCGUCACAAAGGAAUGGAGCGAGGCAGCUCCUAUGAACAGUAAAAGAUGCUACGUAAGUGUAGCCGUAUUGGACAAUUGCAUAUACGCAAUGGGUGGCUUUGACGGGCACGUGCGACAAAAUACCGCAGAGAAGUACACACCCGAGUCAAACCAAUGGAGUAUGAUCACUCCCAUGAACCACCAACGAAGCGAUGCAUCUGCCACUACAACUGGCGGAAAGGUCUACAUAGCUGGCGGAUUCAACGGCCAGGAAUGUCUGAACACGGCGGAAUCCUUCGAUCCGGCGACUAGGCAGUGGACGAUGAUAGCUCCCAUGAGGAACCGCAGAUCAGGAAUCGGGGUGAUUGCCCUGGACGGGCUGGUCUACGCCAUAGGGGGCUUCAACGGCAUCACCAGGAUGAACAGCGGGGAGAGGUACAACCCCACAGCCAACACCUGGACCAAUAUCACAGAGAUGUACAGCCCCAGAAGCAAUUUUGGAAUUGAGGUGAUGGACGAUAUGGUGUAUGCUAUCGGCGGUUUCAAUGGCGUCACUACGAUAUUCCAAGUGGAGUGCUACGAACCAACCACUGAUGAAUGGUACGACUGCACUGACAUGAACUUAUAUCGGUCGGCCCUAAGUGCAUGCGUCGUGAAGGGCCUACCAAAUGUCGAAGACUACAUAGACAAGGUGAGGAACCAGGUCAUGCAAGAGAGAAGGAGAAAUAGGCCAUAAGUGGAGGAAUAAAAUAUCAUAAUUAUAACAAAUUAUUAUUAUAGUUGUAAUGAUAAUUAGUAAUAAUUUUAUUAUUUACGAAAAGUUGAUAGGUAGAUGGGUAAAUAUUUUAGGCACUUCCGAUCGUGUUCAAUAAUAAUAAUAUUAUUAAUAUUAAUAAUAAUAAUAAUAAUAUUAUUAUCAUUAUUUUAUUAUUAUUUUAUUGUUUUAUUACUACAACUUAUGUGAAUAAUAAUAGUGUCAUUGGAAACCUACAUAUGAUUUUGUCACUGAUGAUUUAGAUGGUGAGUUCUAUUCCUGCUAUUUAAUUAAUUAAUGCUUG